UAAUGAAUUCAUGGAAAUUCAUUAGAAAUUCAAUUGGACUUUUUGGUUCUGCUGUUCAUGAAGGAUAAACAAAGACUGGAACAGAAUUAGCACCUAGAGCACUUAGAGAAGGGGGAUUGAUAUCUGCUCUCUAUAAUUUAGGAUGGGAAAUUAAUGACAUGGGAGAUAUUCAAGGAAAAAAUUAUAGGAUAAAUAAUGUUAAGAGUAAGUUUUUUAAGAACAGUUAGCAAUUAGGUAUUAUAAAUGGAGAAAUAAGUAAAAGAGCUUUUGAUAUAGCAUCUAAACAAAAAUUCAUGCUAAAUAUAGGAGGUGAUCAUAGUGUAGCUUGUGGAUCUAUACAUGGAUUACUAGAACAUUAUGGAGAUGAAUUAAGAGUUGUUUGGGUGGAUGCUCAUGCAGAUUGCAAUUAUUAAUUAGAUUCAAAUAGAAAUUAUCAUGGGAUGCCUUUAGGACAUCUUUAUGGAGCAAUAACAGAAUAGAUUAAAGGAUUUGAAUGGUUAAGACAUAGAUUAGAUACUAAAAAUAUAAUAUAUGUUGGAAUUAGAGAUAUUGAUCCUAUGGAAAGAGAAUUUAUUAAAGAUAAUAAGAUAGUAUAUUAUGGUAUGGAUGAGAUCAUUGAGUUGGGUAUAGGAUAAGUGAUGACUCGGAUACUUAAAUAAUUUGAAGGAAAACCUAUUCAUGUGAGUUUUGAUGUAGAUUCAAUUGAUCCAGAGUUUGCUCAUGGGACUGGAACUUUGGUAGAUGGAGGGAUUACUUCUAGAGAAGUUCAUUAUAUAUUAAGAAAAUUGGCUGCAUCUCGAUAGUUAGUAGGAAUGGAUUUAGUAGAAAUCAAUCCUUAAUUAGAAAAGACUCCUGAACUUAGAGAAGAAUUUUUUGGAGAUUUUUAAUAAGUAUGACAAUUAAUUUUAAUUGAGAUUGGAAGAAUUUAAGGUACUUAAACAGUUGCUUUGGGUAUAGAAUUGAUAGCUUCAGCUUUAGGCAGAACUUUGGUGUUAUGA